AAUUUAGUCGCAUCUUUUGUUAGUUUGUUUUCCAGUAGUAAUUGCGACUUGUCUAGGACAUUGACGUGCUGUACCGCAAAUUAUUGUUAUGAUCGUUUAGCAUAUUUAGGCGAGCCGCCAUUAUAAUAUUUGCUGUGCGCUUAUAGUAGAGUCUCGUGUAAUCCGCUUAUAAUUUCAUCAACGCUACAUGAAUCUUAAGAAGACUCCAGGAUUGGAUUUAUCGGGGAGCUUUUUAUCCCUUCUAUGGAAAUGGAGAGGCUCUUUGUACAAAUUAUGUUUCAGGGAACUGGCCUGCUUUCUUGUCCUUUUCUGGACUGUCAGCACCAUUUAUCGUCAGGCGGCGCUUAACACUGAACAGAAAGAAUUAUUUGGAAAAAUUGUACGCUACUGUGAUAAAUAUCUGAACAUGGUUCCACUAUCUUUCAUUCUUGGAUUUUACGUCAAAACCGUUGCUUCAAGAUGGUGGUCGCAGUGUUUGGCACUUCCCUGGCCCGACAGAUUAAUGCUGGCGAUCACCAUGUACAUUCCCGGUUCUGAUACGGAAUCAAAGAUGUUGCGUAAAACACUUGUGCAGAACUGUGAAUUAAUGGCAGUUCUCGUCUUCCGAUCGAUUUCAGAGUCGGUCGAGUAUCGUCUCAGAACUCUGGAGGACGUAGUUCGUGCAGGUUUCAUGACCCGUGCGGAAAUGGAGUGUUUCAAGGCUGUAAAAGCGGACGUAAACUUGUUUUGGUUACCCGGACUAUGGUUCACUCAACGACUUCGAGAAGCUCAACUUCAAGGCCGUAUCCUCGAUUCGUUUGGUGCACAACUUAUCAUGAAGGAAUUUUUGGAAUUUCGUUCCAAAUGCGGCAUUCUUUGGCUUUACGACUGGGUCUCAAUUCCACUCGUUUACACACAGGUUGUAACGGUAUCGACCUAUACUUUCUGUUUUGCCUGUAUAUUCGCUCGACAGUGCUUAGACAAUGGGAGCAAGGAGAUCUUGAUCGACGUUUAUUUCCCUGUUUGGACUGUGCUGCAAAUUCUCUUUUAUCUGGGAUUGCUCAAGGUGGCCGAACAUAUGAUCAAUCCGCACGGUGAAGAUGACGAAGACUUUAACUUGAGUUUCUUGCUCAACCGACACGCAAAGGUGAUCAAUAUUGGAACGAAUAUCUUCACUGACGGAAUGUGCCCUCCUAUGGAAGACGAGCAUCUCCACGGAGGAAAUGGAAUUCAAACUCCCCAAUCCUCCCAAAAGACGCAACCGCGGAAUAGGAGAGUGUUCAUGCCAAAAUUUGCCAGAACCAAUUUAGGAAAUAAGGAGAAAGACCUUAACAAAAGGCUGCCAGAAGUGACCAUUUCAACCAUUUCCCUGGACGUGGAAAUGGAUAAGACUCCAUCUGCACUUGACUUGACGUUACUACCCGAAGAGCCGGGCUUUCGCGGGAGAAAUUUCUCGUGGAACUUGUCGGACGGACUUGUGAACGUACCGCUUCCUUAGCGAAAUUAAAAAUGGUGUCAAAUAUGCGGGGAUUUCUACUUAUCUCGACUAAGAACAUUCCCUUAGGGGGUAGAAACUUGUUACUGCUCCACGAAUCUGUAUUUUUGUGUUCUUUUAAUCGUAAUAAAGUAUAAGACGAAAGGCGAAAGUGUAAAAAAGAAAAAAAUAAUUAAA